AUGGGGCUCUUUGGCGGUAACAGCUCGUCAGCUCCUGCUACUGCAUCCACUGCUAAUGUGGAAGCGGCUACAGCCGAGCUUGACAUGAUCACGGACGUAUUCAACCGCUUGGUCCAAUCGUGCCACAAGAAGUGUAUCUUGGACACACAGUACCGUGAGGCGGACCUGACCAAAGGCGAAAGUGUCUGCAUUGAUCGGUACGUCGCAUCCGCAUUUCCCGAAUAG